UCAUAUUCAUUCCAACUUCCAACAUUGAAUUUUAUAAAUCCCAAUCAAAAUCUUCUCCUCCCAUUUCCAUUUCUGAUCCUCUCUUACUAAACUAUAGUAAUUUCUCUACUUUCCCUAUCCUAUCUCCAUUCGUCUUUCCUCACCAACAUCUAUCAACCCAAGAAGCCUUUUCUUAUUUUCACUCUUCUUCUUUGUCUGGCCAAUGCAGCCUUAGUUUCUCUCAUUGGAAGAACACUUCAAAUCCUUAUUCACACCCAUAACCUACAUAUAUAUAUAUAUACACACAUAUAUCAUUUUCUUUGACCUGAAGUCCCUCCAAAUGGAUCCAAUCUUGUCCAAUUCUGCUAUAUAUGUCACCCUCACCUUGCUUACAAUCUUUAGUUCCUUUAAUAUUGAAGGAGUUUCAGGGGCUGGAUUUACAGUAAUCAACAGAUGUGGCCACACAGUGUGGCCUGGUAUUCUUGCCAAUGCUGGAAGCCCUGCAAUGGAUAGCACCGGGUUUGAGCUUCCACCCGGUGCGUCUCGUUCAUUUCAAUCACCACCAAAUUGGUCGGGUCGAUUCUGGGGAAGAUCCGGUUGCACGUUCGAUCCAGUUUCUGGUCAAGGAAGCUGUCUAACGGGUGAUUGUAGCACCAACCAAAUUGAAUGCAACGGUAAUAAUGCGAACCCACCAACUACUCUAGCAGAAUUCACAAUAGUGUCCGGCAGCCAAGACUUUUACGAUGUUAGCUUAGUUGAUGGGUAUAACUUACCAAUGAUUGUAGAACCCAGUGGCGGGGUGGGUAGUUGCUUGUCAACUGGAUGUAUAACCGAUUUGAAUCAGCAGUGCCCUGCUGAGUUACGGGUAGGGUCUGGUGAGGCUUGUAAGAGUGCAUGUGAGGCUUUUGGGAGCCCCGAGUACUGUUGCAGUGGAGCGUAUAGGACACCAGACACGUGUAAGCCAUCUUUUUAUUCGCAGAUGUUUAAAGCUGCGUGUCCAAGAUCUUAUAGUUAUGCAUACGAUGAUGCAACGAGCACAUUUACAUGUACUGGAGCCGAUUACGCGAUCACAUUCUGCCCUUCAUUAACAAGUCAAAAAUCUGCUAGAGACACGUCUCAAACUCCAAGCACAAAUGGGUCAGAAGCAGGGUCGGGAGAUGGGCUCAACAGUUCAUGGUUGUCAAACAUUUUCUCAGGAGAUUCAUCCACAACUCUUUCUUCUUCUGCUUGGCCCUUCACAUUGAUCGUUUCUGCAAUUUCCUCUCUGUUCCUCUCUUUCCUUUAUUUGUAGAUUGCUCUUUCUGCACAUGCAACUUCAGAAGUGACUUUUGCAUUCAGAGGAAAGCCUGACCAGUAGAUGAUGAAAUUCCAGAUUGGAAAGCCAAUUUUCCAGGCCACACACGCAUAGACAAAAUUAUAACCUUUUUUUCCAGGAAGUUUAACACUAUAUACCCUUUUUUUUUUAUUUGGACUCUGAAGGAUUUGUUAUCUAAAGCAACAAAUUAGAAAGGAAGAGACUUUCAAGAUUGGAAAAUGAUUAUUAUAUUUGAUUUAGAUGGCACUCGAAUGAGAAAAAAAAAAAAAAAGAAAAGAAAAGAAAGUGUUGGCUUUAUUGUGAAUCUUGAGUAAUGUGGUUGGUGGGUGAGUGGUAAAGGAACCCCACUUUGCUGGAAUUGCAAGAUUUUCUAGAUUCAUGAUUUGAUGUUGGCUCCAAGGAGCAAAUGCUA